CUACUCUCGCGCCUGCGCAAACAUCCACGAAAAUGCGUGUUGUACGUCUCUAUGACAACCCGUUUAUAGCGGCCUGUCGGCGAGGUGAUCGCAAGGGAUUACCUUGGUGUAGAAUGAACAGGUGCGAUCAGUGGUCAUAUUGUCGUGAAAAACACCGGCACAGUUAUUUUUAACAUCGCAAGAAAGAAACUGGGCAUCCAUCAGGAAAGAAGACAUACAUGCAUACCUGUUGAGGGCGAGGGCCAAAAAAUGAACAAUAAGGGCCAUGAUGAAUAUGAAGACGACUUUGAAAAGGACUUGGACUGGUUGAUCAGCGAGGAUGGCAAGAGUGAGGACCAGGAGGGUGAAUAUGAGGACAUCGAAGCUGAAAUAGACAAGGAACUUGAGGAGGAAGAGGAGGCACUGAAAAAGAAACACAACAGGGAGAUGUUGACUGUUGACAAGACAGUGAAUGACCCACAGGAAGACGAGGAGAGGUGGCCCACCCCUCUGGAGCCUUUGGACGGGCUCCCUGAACAGGACACUGAAGAGGCCUGCGGGCUACCCCCCCCUCCUCCUCUUGUCCCGGAAGCUGACUUUGACGAGGAGAAGAAGUACAUCCUGGAGAAGAUCCAGCAGGCCAACCGGGAGCUGCAGGACCAGGAGGCGCCAGACCUGACCCGCCGGCGACGCCUUCAGUUCAAGGACACGCUGGUGGACCUGGUGGUGCCGGCCACGGAUUACGGCUCCGAGGGCCCGUCUCAGUCUCAGGGCCCAGGGGCAGAGCGGGAAGAGGCCGCCGCCGCCGCCACGACUGCAGAUAGGGACCUGGAGGGGGAGGUGUCCGGGCGGAUGCUCCAGCUGAAGAUCUCCCCCCAGGACGAGGCCUCGGGCCCACACAGGAGUGGCGGCGGGCAGGAGGAGGUGACGGGCAGAGAGGGCCGGGUGUUGGUGGAGAAGGACGGCAAGUUUGACCUGGUCAGCCUGAAGGAAGUGGAGAGCCUGGGCCUGCUGCCUCCUCUGCACCUCCCCAGUGUCAGUAACAUCGGCGAUAAUAAUAACCUCCCCGUCCAAACCUCCCCUCGGAAAACCAACUCGGCGUCCGUCUCUAACGCUAAAAGCCCCACCUCCUCCCCCAGGCCCAACGCAGGCAUCUCGCUCUCGCUCGGAGCCGAACACCUACACACCCCUAAACCGCCGCCUAAGCCUAGGCAUCGGCCCAACUCAGCCAGCCACAUGGUGCGAUGGGUCAGCAAAGAGGGCACCAAGCGCCGGGUGCAGUCGGCCAGCAGCGCCCCCAUCCAUGCCACCUUUACCCUCACGCCACAGAAGAAAGAACACCUGCUCAGACUGCAGCAGAAGAGGGAGAAGCUGGCCAAAGAGUGGGAGCAGAAGAGGAAGAAGCUGGCCAAAGAGGAGGAGGAACGCAAGCGUGAGGAAGAGGAGCAGAAGAAGCAGGAGAACGAGCUGGCCUUCCAGGCGUGGCUCAUGAGGAAGAGGGAACAGCUGCAGGAGGACCGCAGGCUCCAGAGAGCACAGGAAAUGGAGAAAAUGAAUUUCACGAGGGACCAGUGUGACCCGCAGGAGGCCUUCAAGCAGUGGCUGCAGCGCAAGCACGAGCAGCAGGCCCAGGAGCGUCAGCUGGAGGAGAUGAAGAAGAUGGAGCUAGAGAGCCGCUACUACCUCCAUGACCGCGAGCAGUGUGAGAAGGCCUUCAAACAGUGGCUGAAACGCAAGCGGGCGGAGAAGAGAGCUGAGCAGCAGGCCGCUCGAGAGCGCUCCCGCAGGCUGAUGUUGGAAGAGCGGCGCGCCCGCCGCCUGCAGGACAUCCUCUGCACGGUGAACGAGGCCAAGGCCUUCCGCUUCGCUGACCCCUACGGCUACCGCUUCUGAGCUAUACCUCAGGACCAAGCAUCCCAAGUUGACAAGACGGUUCUGGCAUCGCAGACAGAGCAACACCACUUAGGAGUUAUUACAUUCAGGCAUUUCAUUCCCACUUCUCCCCUUCCUCAGAGAAGGUGGCACACAUGUAGCUGUUAACCCAUGGGAUUUGCAUGAGAUGAUGGUCCCAGGAAAAGUAGUGUAGUUUGAUUUAUCUUUGUUUUGCACAUAACCUAUUGCACUAGAGACACUGGGUUUGAGUUUCCUCAGUCUACUCUCAGACUCUAUGGAUAACCAAGCUGCUUUAUUCAUUAUUCAUGACAAACCCAGAUGUCUGCUUAUAAUUACAAAUCAGGCGCUUUUAUGAUGAGAUAGAAAGCACUCUCUCCCAUGCAAGGGCAAUGAUCACGUGUCUGUUCGUGCCACCCAACAAAAAAUGCCUUUCACACUGAAGUGAUUAAUCUCCACAAAGAUGAAUUCAGAUUUGGGGGGACAGUGUAGUCUAGUGUAGUGUAAGGUGUUGCAUUAUUAAAUCAGUCUUCCUUCUCACAGCAUGCCCCGCCCAGGUAGCUGCUCCCUCUGGCAGAGAUCCGGCUCAGAUGAGGCCCAGUCCCGGCUCACAUCCAGGCCAGAUCUGGGUCUGAUGUGCUCCAGGGGCAGCUGCUAAAAGGGCAUCUUAUAGAGAAAAGGAGAUU